AUGGUGCAUCCAUACGAAGACACCAGACAAAACCCAGGUCCGCAACGGCGGGCCUAUCCUCCCCGUGAUGAUCGCGACGGGCGCAUGUACGACGACCGCUCAAGAUCUCGCUCACCUGGCGGUACACUCUCCUCCCCGCAUGAACAUGACAAGAACGUCAUGUGCUCUGAAUCUCAAGGCUAUUCUGGCACCCCCCAACGGCACGACAAUCGCCGGCGUGAAUACUCGGACAAUUGGGAUGCGAGGGCUCCCCCUCAUAACAGAGACCAGGAUGAUCACCGUCGUCGACCUUCACGAUCGCCUCAACAUAGAGGGCGGCAAAGCUAUAGAGAUCGCGAUCGGGAGGGUUAUCGCUCGCCUGGUUAUAGUCAGAGUCGCAGCCGCAGCCGCAGUGCUCGUCGAGGCGGGUCGGGGUUUGGUCGCGAAAGCAAAGAAAUCAUGAUGGAUGGAAUUCCACAAGAUAUGUCAGAGGAUGAUGUUUCAGCAGAACUCAAGCAAGCUUACCACAUCACCGGCCUGGAAGAAAUCCGCGUUAUUCGUGACAGACAAACGAAAAUAUCACGAGGUCUUGGUUUCCUUCGUUUCCGGACUAUCGACUAUGCCCGGGACUUUUUAGAACGGAGCCAUCCCUGCAUCUAUCUAUACGGCCCAACUGCUGGAGAGAACGAUCGCAGUACCAAGGUUCGCAUAGCGUACAGCCGUGAACGGGAAGAUCGAACCCGGUCGAAGGGUGAAGGGGAUUGGACAUGCCGAAUGUGUGCGGUUGUCAAUUUCUCUACUCGUGCAAAGUGCUUUCGUUGCAAUGCACCCCGUCCCGAGUUGGGUCCAGUCGGUCCUCCCGGGGUCCCUGCCCCGAAAGUAGUGAACAAUGGCGAUAACGAUGCCGCUCCUGAAAACCAACCCUCCCAAUUCAUCCUCAUUAGAGGAUUAGAAGGGUCUGUCAACGAAGAUCUCCUUGCAAAAGGUGUCGCCAAACUAUACCGACCAGCGGGGGGCAAUAGUGAUAACGCCACUAAUACCCAAAAGAAAGCUGGCAAGGUUGCUUCGACAACUGGAGAUGCUAAUCUUGGGGCCCGUGAGGGUUCUAUCCGACGCGUAUUGCUGGUCCGAGAUCGCAGGACGAAUGAGAGUUGGCGUUACGGGUUUGCUGAAUUUGCCAAUGUCAUGGAUGCCCAAGCUGCUAUUCAGCGGUUGAAUUCUUUCGACAAGUUCACCAUCUCAUCCCGGCCAGUUCUUGUUAGCUACAUACACGCGGGAGUUUUCGUACCAGUUAUGGAUCCCCAUCCCAGUACAGAACAUUUCACAUUCAGUCCACUCGCCAACCCCUCGCUAAAGCUCAUGUAUUGGGACGAUGAGGGGUACGUGACGGAGCUCAUGUUGUCAUCACCCGAAGACGACGUCGGCUAUGACCAAACCAAGAGCGAUAAGACUGUCGCAGGCCAAGACGAAGGCCAGUCUAAGGGACAAAAGGAUAUGGAGAAGGUUAAAAAGAGAAAGGCGGAUGCACCAGCCAAUGCAAAUGCAAAGAAGCUUGCCAUGCCCUCCCACUUGCAAUUUUGGAGCAACCGACACGCCGAGCUCCACGGCAUCCCAAAAGACAGUGACGGCAACAUCAUCGAGACCUCAUCAGAACCUCGCGAUCAGAAUGCCCCGCCGACGCAGUCCUAUGCGGAUCUCAAUCGCAACUGCUGCUAUUUGUGCAUGCGCCAAUUUAAGAGCACCGCCAAUGUCAAUCGCCAUGAACGCCUGAGUGCACUGCACCGGGAGAACCUGCGGAAUGAACAAGCGAAGAGUCGUGGUAUGGGGAAACUCAUCAAACACGGCAUUGUACCCCCGACGGCUGAAUAUCGCGAUCGUGCCCGAGAACGUCGAAAGGCAUUUGGCCGUGGCGGCAAGGCUGGUACUGGUGCUGGAGCUGCUCGACCGAAGCCGUCGGCUCCGCAGGAGGAAGAUGAACCACCAGUGCAGACAACGUCCAAGGGUGCAUCACUUCUUAGCAAGAUGGGUUGGUCAGCUGGUUCUGGCCUAGGUGCACAGGGUACAGGCGUCACAGCCCCCAUUGCCACCGAGGUUUACGCGCAAGGUGUCGGAUUAGGAGCUCAGGGCAGCAAACUGGGCGAUGCAAGCGAAGAAGCAGCACGCAAUACCCGGGGUCGCUACGAUGAAUUCCUGAGAAAAAACCAAAGCAACUGCUCGCCAGCGAAGUCAACUGUACAAUAA